AACAAUACGUGUUAAACUUCAAUUGUUUAAAAAAACCAAUAUGUCUUGACAUUGAUUCGCAGUAUCGUGUAAUAUUUAUGUAAAGUAAUAUGGAGUAAAUAGGAGUUAACAUAGUGUUAUAUGAAAUUGUACAGUUUUUAAUACUUACCAGUGAGAUAUUUUAUUUUUGCAAUGGGUCAGCAUGUAACACUGAGACACAUAUGUCAGACAUUCAUGAUAUUUAUGGCUUGGGUUACAAAGGGGCUUUACCUUGAAGUUUCUGGUCCAGCUAUGAUAGAUCUGAAGCUAAUAUACAACACCAAUUACGAGUCAAUUACAAGGUCUGUUGCUGGCCGAGGGGCCGGUGGUUUCCUGGGGGCUCUGAUCGGGGCUCUCAUUGUGGAUAAGUUUGAGAGGCAGUUGGAUCUGUGUAUUGCUAUAGGCACCACCAUUGCUGGGAUUUGUAUAGCCCUGAUCCCACAUGUACCCACGACAGGUCACGUGUGGAUGCUGUAUUUCAUGAUAGGCUGCGUUAGUAAUGCUGUAAAUAUGGGUGGAACACGUAUUGCUCUUGAAAUAUGGAAAGAAAGAAGCUCCAUCGUUCUGCAGUUGUUACAUAUGGGGUUUGGAGUUGGUGCUCUCACGGAUCCCCUUAUCUGUUCUCCGUUCCUUGCAGUCAUUGAAAACGUACAAAAAGAUGACAUGAACCCGAAUCCUCAUUAUCACGUGAUCAAAGAGUCACGUGCUCAUUUAGCGUUCCUCAUAAUAGGGAUAUUUACGUGUUGUGUUGCAAUUCCAUUCUUCUUGUUUCAGUUGACAGCUAAAAGGUCUACCGUUGUUAAAGAAACCGUACCAUCGACUUCCGCGAAAGCUAAAUCAUUUAAAGAGAUCUUUAAUCCAGCUACAUAUGCUAAUGGAAAUUUUUAUUAUGGACUAUGCGCUCUCAUUUUAUUAUUUUUUAUAUUUUUUCAAUGUUGUAGGUGGCGAAAAACUUUUUGCAACAUUUGUAAGAACUAUUUCCGUAGACGUUUUCCAUCUUGAAAAGUCAGAGGCAUCGUAUCUGAAUACUCUUUUCUGGUUGAGUCUUACGACAGGACGCCUAAUUGGAGCAUUCGUUGCACGGUUUGUGCACGUGCGCACACUUAUUCUUACUCAGACAGUCCUUCAUUUAGCAUCUGUGAUAACUUUGAACAAAUAUGCGUUAACUGGUCCCAAAGUAUUUUGGAUUUUAACAAUACUCGAAGGACUACUUGUUUCACCGUUAUACCCGCUAGGUGUCGCCUACGGAAACACAAUAAUAAAUCUAACUGGUGUUUGCCUAAUGGUUAUAGUAUUUGCGGGAAGUUUUGGUGAUUUGACUUACCUCUGGACCGCAGGAAAGAUGUAUGAUACGUACGGAGCGUCAUCUAUUCUUUAUGGAGCAUGUAUAGCAGCAUGGAUCGUGGUUGUCUGUGUGGUGAUGUUCAGGAUUGCAACAAGAAUAUCAGCUGGAACGUCGGGUAGAAUUUUGAAUGUGUAACAAAAUCAAAGAUGUCAUAUCGUGUCAUAUCAUUGCGAAGAGGGAACCAUUGUUAGCCAAAAUAAUUUAUUGUUCAAAGCCUGUGAUUUUUUUAUGUUUAAGGUAACUAGGUCAGUUGGGUUAAAUUUAUUAACUUUUAAUAUAUUAUAUAUAUAUAUGAUAUAAUUAAUGGUGAAGUUACUCAAUUGUCAGUCAAAGGAAUGCAUAGAAGGUAUAUAUAUGGUUUUGUUUCAGUGUAUGAUCUAAUUGUUCUGUAUUUUAGAUGCACUAGUAGACAUCAUACAUUUUAGUAAUGCAAUGAUAGCAUUUCACAAUUUUUAGGGAUUUAUUGAUAUACUGACAUACUUUACCGUGUAAGGACUUUAAAAUGGGAUCUACAUCAUUAUAUGUAUAUACAUAACAUUUUCCAAAGACGUAAUAUUUAAAUUUUUCUCAGUGAAAGAUAUCAGACACAUUUAUCAUUGUUAGAAAAUAUCUUAUUACAAAAUUUGGUUAAAACCAUUGAAAACAUGAAACAGAAAAACAUGUUCAAAUAUCUUUCAGUCGUGAACACCAGAUUAUUUCCUUUUUUUCAUGCAUCAUAUCUGACUGACAUAUUCCUCUUUUCUUAGUGUCGUAGAGUUUAUAAUAUAAGCCGCGCCAUGUGAAAACAAACAUAGUGGCUUUGCGACCAGCAUGGAUCCAGACCAUCCGCGCAGUCUGGUCAGGAUCCAUGCUGUUCGCUUUCAAAGUCUAUUGCAAUUAGAGAAACUGUUAGCGAACAGCAUGGAUCGUGACCAGACUGGUCUUAAAGCUACUAUGUUGGUUUUCUCAUGGCGCGGCUCAUAUGAAACUAUUUUAGAAGUGGGGCGACGUUAUAAAAAGUCAAAAUGAGUUGGUAUUUGACUUUUAAUGUCUAUAUAUUACAAGUAUGUGCACAUAUGCAUUUUCCUGAAACACGACACAUCACAUUCUCUUGGCUACCUCUUAGUUACGGCGACACGUUUAUGACUUAUAUUGUUCUUACUGGUAUGAAUUCAAAACCCGUUUUUAUAUUAUAUCAUUUGAUACAUUUCCCAUGUCUCACAGGUUUUAAAUGGAUUCUCAGGUACUUUUUAAAGAAAUGUAUCCAUGAUUUUUUAUUCUUAAUUACUCAUUUAGUUACAGGAAACAUACAUUUGCUGUUUUAUUGAAUUUGAUCUUAUGUCUCGAAAACAUGUGAUAAAUUGCCUGAUCAAUGACUUGAGUUAUCUUACUUUUUCAAUGUUAACAGUGAUUUGCAUUUGAAAAGAAAAGUGAAAUAUGACAUUUUUGUAGCAGUUGUCAAGCGUUUUCCUAAACUGGCAUGCGUAGGUCAGCUUAACACGGUAAUGAAAAUUGCAUGCUUACGAAUAAUUGGUCUAAUUUAGGCCUAACUAAGCAUAUUAAUGAAAUAUAGGAAACAUUGAAUCUACAAUAAAAGGAUUUACUUUUAUAUCUAAGUAUCCCUUUAAAGGCAGUUUUCCAACUUUAUAUCGAGUUGCUUUCCUGCUGUUGCAUGUCUUCCAUGACUUAAGUACAAAACGUAUCAAGUCAAUAUUAGGUGUACAUGAGUCGUUGGGCGCUGUGCUCCUUUGACUGUACUUCAAGGAAAGGUAAAAAGACCCUGAGUGACUGUGAUACGUGUAAAGGAAUUGUAGAACUGAAAUUCUGAAGAGUGCCAAGCUACUGUUGCAGAUCCACUGCUGAGAUGGUUUUAUUAUCAUUGAUAUUUUUAUUUAAGGUAUUUUGCUUUAAAUUUAGGGAUUUUUCGUAUAAAUAUCCUGUGUCAUUUUCUAGUCUUAGACUAUGUGCAGCAUAAUGCUUUUUUUCUAAAGGGUCUUUAGAAAUUGUUAAUGUUCUAAUGUUGGUUGACAGGGUAUUUUUGUAUUUUGAAUAGAAAGGCAAUAGAGCAGUUUAUUUUACAAAUAUAUUUUCAGACUUCUGUUCCUUUUUUUGAAACAAAAACGUUUUUGAAUACAUGCAGUUGGAAGAGAAUAUGAAUAUCAUUCAUUUGAUGUUGGAGAUAUUGUUGUUCAGGCAAAUUUCUAACAGAUAUAUUCCCAUUUUCUAUUUAUGAUAUAAUACUAAUAUGUGAUGCCAUUACCAUAUGAAAUUGUAUAUUCAAACAUUCUGCUUUUGAAGUUGAGCUAUGAUAGAAAGUCAAAAUUUAAAUAGGUUAACUAUUGAAACUUGAAUUUUAAUGCUUGCUGAACAUAAAUGUGUGUACAUAUUAAUUUUUAUUUCACCAGAACAUCACAGAAAUUCACUGUCCUGAUCACCAUAUGUGGAAUGCACCAUGAAAAAACCAACAUAGUGCAUUUGCGACCAACAUGGAUCCAGACCAGCCUGCGCAUCGGCGCAGUCUGGUCAGGAUCCAUACUGUUCGCUCUCAAGGCCUAUUACAAUUAGAGAAACCGCUAGCGAACAGCAUGGAUCCUGACCGGACUGCGCGCAUGCGAAGACUGGUCUGGAUCCAUGCUGGUCGCAGAUGCACUAUGUUGGUUUUUUCAUGGUGCGGCUAUUAUGGUGAAUGCCUUACAUUGUUCUUGCAGGGAUGAAUUUAAUAAAUCAGUUUUAUAUGUCACUCACUGGAUAAAGCCCACAUACCGGUAGUCAUCAUCCAAUAUGCUACCUGCUUAACAACAGACAACUUUUCAACAUUUUUUGUGAUGUUUUCAUGUUACUGUCUGCCUUUCUUUCGCUCCACUUGGAGAAAAGGUUAUAAAACUCUUAAAUGACAAUGCUAUGAAAUUGUGGCCAACUUUAGUUUUAGAUAAUUUAUAGCAAUUCACCUCUGAGAUAUUUUUUAUUGAUAUCUUUAUUUAUGGGAUUUUGCUUUAAGUUUAGGGAUUUUUCUUAUGAAUAUCCGUUUAUACUCUUACAUUUUAGGCUGACUAGAUGAAGUAUAAUGGGUCUUUAGAAGUUGUGAAUAUUUUAAUUUUGGUUCACUGUGGUAUUGAUGUUUUUUAAAUAAACAUGUAUGCAAGUAGCAUUUCAGUUUACAGAAAUAUUUUCAGACUCGACACUAUUUAUUAUAUUAUUAUGAAAUACAUGCAAAUUUAAAGGGAAUAUCAUUGUUUGAUGUUGAACAUGUAAUUGUUCAUGUAAAGCUCUUACAUUUUUGUAACUAUCAUAGCACAUGAAAUGCAUUCAGUUAUUCAGGUGGUAUAGUGGUACAAUACCAUAAAAAAAUCAAAAUUUAACUAUGUUAUGUGUUUAGACCUGACAUGAAUAUGUUUACAUUGAAUAACACAUUUGAGCCGCGCCAUAAGAAAAACAACAUAGUGGCUUUGCAACCAGAAUGGAUCCAGACCAGCCUGCACAUCCGCGCAGUCUGGUCAGGAUCCAUGCUGUUCGCUUUCAAAGUCUAUUGCAAGUAGAGAAACUGUUAGCGAACAGCAUGGAUCCUGACCAGACUGUGCAGAUGCGCAGGCUAGUCUGGAUCCAUGCAGGUCGCAAAGCCACUAUGUUGAUUUUCUCAUGGCGCGGCUCAUUAGUUAUUUUAUUUGAAAUUUUAUGAACGUUACUAUAUAUUGUAAUUUUUGGUGUUUAGGCCAUGUACAAUGUACAAGACUGAAUAAAAAUAUUCUGUCCUGUUCUGUUCGUAUUCAUUCCCAACGAAUCAAACAGAUUUAUUCGCUUGGCCGCCGCCUCGGUAGCCUAGUGGUAGAGCGUCCGCUUCGAGUGCGGGAGGUCAUGGGUUCGAUCCCUGGCCGCGUCAUACGAAAGACGUAAAAAAUGGUACUAGUAGCUACCUCGCUUGGCGCUCAGCAUUAAGAGGAUAGUACUAGGACUGAUCAGCCCGGAGUCAGUAUAAUGUGACUGUGUGGAGUACCAUGUCAUGUGUCUAC